UGCCGCUACCAUUACUCACACCCGUUAACUCUCCAUAAUAAAAGACUUGGAACCUCCCUCCUUCCCACCUCCCAUGCAUUUUUUUACCCUCUAUAUAAAUCCCUCCCACACCCCCUUAGCCCUCGUCACCAACAAAGCCCCUCCCUCUCCCUCAUAAGAAGACCUCCCCGUUUAACAUGGGCGAAGAGGAAUAUUGCGACACAGUCCUUGGUCUCUCCGUAGGAGGAGGUGGGGAGCUCUCCUCGACCCGAAGCCGUGACCGCAAGCCUCGCGUUCAGCUCCACAUCCUGUUCCCACCUCGACUGAAAGAAGAGGAGAAAGAAGAAACACCAUCCACAGAAGUAGAUGACACGAAGAGAUCGAUAUUAAAUUCUGAGAACGAAGACGACCGAGGCGGCACGAGGAAGAAGCUAAGGCUCACCAAAGAACAAUCGAUGUUGCUGGAAGAUAGCUUCAGAUCUCACAACACUCUUAGUUCAAUCUCAUGGCAGGCCCGGAAGCACUAUCUAGCGCAGCUCUUGAACCUAAGGCCACGGCAAGUGGAAGUCUGGUUCCAAAAUAGAAGAGCUAGGACCAAGUUGAAGCAGACCGAGGUGGAGUGUGACUUGUUAAAGAAGAGCUCCGAGAGCCUGAUGAACGAGAACAGGAAGCUGAAGAGGGAGUUGAUGGAGCUAAGGUCAUCGGUAAAGCCUGGUUCGCCAUUCUACGUUCAACUCUCCAAAGCGGCGACUCUUACCAUGUGCCCGUCCUGCAAGAAGAUAGCGACGAACAACGACAAGAGCCAGGCUUUGGGCGUCGUUCCGAGCAAAACAAACCCAACUAGUUGUACGGCUGCAGCACCAAAGACUUUCGAACGGACUGGUUCAUCUUUGUAAAUAGCCAGCUUUCAGUCUAGUUCUAGCUCUAGCUUUGAUUUCAUGGAUGCAAAUAACGAGUGUAGGGCAAAUUAAUGGUUGUCUUAGAUGAAUAGGUGCUACAAAAGUAGGGUCGGAAGAGAAGCUAGAGUAUGAAACAUCAGGGCUUUGUCAAAUUUUUAUGUGCAGACUGCAUGAAAGUUGUUUCAAAAGAAUAA